AUGGCCCAUGUGGCCGAGGGUUAUAGAAAUGCGCCACAUUCUACUACGGGAGAAUCACCGUCAGUUUUAAUAUUGGGUAGGAAACUACGUUGUAGACUAGAUUUACUGUAUAAAUCGGAUGAGGAAGUGGUGCAUGAGAAGCAAGAUAGGUCAAUAAAAAAUUAUAACGGCAGCCAAAACAAAUUUUUCAAGGAAGGUGACGAGGUAAUGAUUAAAUAUUACAAACCAGGGAAUAAAGAAUCUUGGAUUAUGGCUACAGUAAAGAAAAUGUUAGAGCACUUAAAACGGAAGCAUCCUACUGCACUUAUUAUUCCUGCUUCUACAGCAGACGAUCCAGAUUCCGAAUUGCAUUCUAUUGAGUCUAUUAAUAACUUAUCGAGUUUUCAAUCUUCUUCGACAAAUUCUAAUUCACAAACUGAAUCUUCAACUUUAAAUCAACCUUUAACUAAACGCUCGCGUCAACUUAAAUUAUACGGCACAACAAAAAAUAAUGAACUAACUGUAGCAGAAAAUAAUGAAAUUGACAAAUGUCUAGUUAAAAUGAUUACCGCCGAUUAUCAACCCUUGUCAAUAGUUGAAAAUGUUGGCUUUUUAGAAUUUACAAAAAAAUUACAACCAUUAUACACACCUCCGAGUAGAAAAUUAUUGACUACCAAACUGUUGCCUGAUCAAUAUAAUGCAAUUUAUUUAAAACUAAAAUAUAUGUUGGAAAACGUUAACGAUGUAUCAAUCACUACGGAUAUGUGGACAUCAGAUUCCACUAGGUCGUACAUAACUGUAACUUGCCAUUUUAUAUUUAAUGAUUGUUUGUAUUCGCCAGUUCUUGCGACUGAAGAAGUUAAAGAAAGUCAUACCGGGGAAAACAUUGCUUCGGCACUUUCUAACAUAUUUAAUGAGUGGAAUAUUUCAAAUAAAAUUGUAACUAUAGUUUCGGACAAUGGUGCAAAUAUAAAACAUGCUAUAAAUGAUCACCUCCUAAAAUAUCACCACCCUUGUGUAGCACAUACUUUAAAUUUAAGUGUGAAUGAAUCUAUUAAUCAAAAUACAGAGUUUCUCAGGGUGCUAAAAAUAUGUCGAGCUAUAGUGGGUCAUUUUAAACAUAGUAAUUUUGCAUCAGAAAAAUUAAAAGAAUUUCAGAAACAAAUGGGUCUCCCCGAGUUGAAAGUGAAACAAGACGUUAGCACUCGGUGGAACUCAAGUUUAAUUAUGAUAGAAAGGCUCAUCCAAAUUAAAAAUCCUUUAUCUGCAGCAAUGUCAUCGCUUCGACGAGCUCCAAAUUGCUUAACUUCAAACGAAUGGGAUAUAAUAACAGAUUGUGCCCCAAUUUUAAAACCUUUCGAAAGUUUGACGAUAGAAUUAUCUGGAGAAAAAUACCCAACUUUAUCUUUGGUAAUACCACUAGUGAGAGGCCUUCAAUAUACGGUAAGAAAACUAAGACCAGAAACUGAUGCCGGUAGUUUACUACAAAGUAGUUUAUUAGAUGUUGUUUCGAGGCGUUUAGGAUCUUUAGAAAAAAAUAAAAUUGUUUCAAAAUCAACUUUAUUAGAUCCUAAAUUAAAAAAAACUGCAUUUGGAUUGGAAGAUAAUGCCAAUAAUGCUCAGCAAUGGUUAAUCGACGAGCUUACAUCAAUUAUUUCUAUUAAUAAUGGCGCAAAUGAUAAUAACAUUGAGAACAUAAACGAAACACGACCUUCGUCAACUUCAACAGGGUCCUCUUAUUCUUUAUGGGAUCAUUUUGAUCAAAAAGUGACAGAAGUUAGAAGUGUCAUAUGUCCAAAUGUUUCUGCAACAUUAAUGAUGCGUCAGUACUUAGAGUUACCCCAUUUGCCUCGAGAAAAAAAUAGUUUAGAUUUUUGGAAACAGCACAAGAUGAUAUUGCCCGAAUUAUACAAACUUCAACAAAAAUAUCUUUCGAUGUUGUAUUCCCAUUAUUUUAUAGCUGACUCUGAACCUAAUGAAGGUAAUUUCCAUGACAUUUUGAAGUAUAAGGCUAAAGAUCUGAAUCAUUAA